AUGCUUAAAUCAAAUAAUAUCAAUACUAGACUAGCCAAAAGUACAAGAAUUGGAAAAAUCCAAAUUCGAAGUAACAGUAACGGCGUGAACAAUUCCAAUUCGUCGAUCCAUACACAUACUAUUAAAACACCGGUUGGGAUCAAGGCAGCAAUUGCGUCAUUAAAACCUAAGACCACCAGAUUAUCGAUUGAGGGUCCAAUAGAAUGUGAUUUGCAAGGUUUUGCGCUCUUGAAUGCUCCAGGGUUCAAUAAAGGUUCGGCGUUUAGCAAAGAAGAAAGACAAGCAUUUGGAUUGGAAGGAUUGUUACCUUCGAGAAUAAAUUCGUUAGACGAGCAAGUGGAAAGAGCUUACAGACAGUUUUCGUACUUGAAAACUCCUCUAGCAAAAAACGAUUUCUGUACCUCUAUGAGGAUUCAGAAUAAGGUCUUAUACUUUGAAUUGGUAAGACGCCACAUUAGGGAAAUGAUCCCUAUUAUCUACACACCAACUGAAGGUGAUGCCAUUGCUGCUUAUUCCCAUAGAUUCAGGAAGCCAGAAGGUUGCUUUUUAGAUAUCACUGAGCCGGAUAUGAUUGAUAAGAGAUUGUCAGCUUUCGGAGAAGACAAAGAUAUCGAUUAUAUAGUUGUUUCUGAUGGUGAAGGUAUUUUAGGUAUUGGUGACCAAGGUGUUGGAGGUGUUAGAAUUGCAAUCGCCAAGUUGGGAUUGAUGACCUUGUGUGGUGGUAUCCACCCAGGAAGAGUAUUACCAAUCGUUCUUGAUGUGGGUACUAAUAACCAAGAGUUGCUCCAUGACGAAUUAUACAUGGGCAACAAAUUUCCAAGAGUUCGUGGUAAAGAAUACUGGGAUUUCAUAGAUAAAUUCAUCCAUGCUGUUAAGAAGAGAUUUCCAAACGCCGUUUUGCAUUAUGAAGAUUUUGGUGUCUCAACUGGCAGAAAAAUGUUGCAUAAAUAUAGAGAAACAUUACCAUCUUUCAAUGAUGAUAUUCAAGGUACUGGUGCAGUAGUUAUGGCUUCCAUGACUGCGGCUUUACAAUUUUCAGAUAGAAAUUUAUUGGAUUCAAAGGUUUUAAUUUAUGGUGCAGGUUCGGCUGGGUUAGGAAUUGCUGACCAAAUAGUAAAUCAUAUGGUUAGUCAUGGUGCUACAGUUGAAGAAGCAAGGGCAUCAAUUCAUUGCAUGGAUCGUCGUGGUUUACUUUUAAAGUCAUUCGAUGAAAUGUCUGAAGGACAAGCCAAAUAUGCUGAUCCAGAUAGCGAAUGGGAAAAAGUAGACACAAGGAACUUGGUUGAAGUUAUAAGACAUGUUAAACCUACUGUUUUAGUUGGAUGCUCAACCCAAGCUGGCGCAUUUACCGAAGAAGUUAUUAAAGAAAUGUAUAGCCACAACAAACAGCCAAUUGUUUUCCCAUUAUCAAACCCAACAAGAUUACACGAAGCAUUCCCUGUUGAUAUUAUGAAGUGGACAGAUAACAAGGCUUUAAUUGCUACUGGAUCUCCAUUUGAACCAGUCAACGGGUUUGCUAUUUCUGAAAACAAUAACUGUUUUACUUUCCCAGGUAUUGGGUUGGGUGCUGUAUUGUCAAGAUGUACUACAAUUUCAGAUACCAUGGUAUCAGCAGCGGUAGACCAAUUAGCUCUGUUAUCUCCAAAAAUGGAAAACCCAAAGAAUGGUUUAUUACCAAGAUUGGAGGAAAUCGAUGAAGUUAGUGCCAAGGUUGCUACUGCUGUCAUUUUACAAUCGUUGAAAGAAGGUACAGCAAGAGUUGAAAGUGAAGAAAAGCCCGAUGGUGGAUUUGUUGAAGUCCCUAAAGAGUUCAAUAAGUGCUUAAAAUGGGUUCAAUCGCAAAUGUGGAAACCGAUUUAUAGGCCAUUAGUCAAGGUGAAGCACGUUCCAGAAGUUCAUACGUACCAACACUAG